CUGAUGUUAUUAACAUUGUAAUGGGACCUUUCAGUCUAUAAGAAAACUUUUAGGACUAAACAGUGCAUAAGUUAUUAAUUUGGGAUUUAUUGGUGCAUCCCCCUUGAUAAAAUAGUAUUUUGUAUGUUGGUGAAUGCUGUUUAAAUGAGGCUUGUCACCCUUUGCACAUGAUGUAAUGGAUUUUGGUUCCAGUAUUCUUCCCUUUUAAUAUUUUUGUCCCUUUUCUACAAACCAGUUAUCAUUUUCUCAUUAUAUUUUGCAAUUCUCCCUUUGGCUAUUUUUGUAAGUGAGAAGUUUGAAAAGUAACUAACUAAACGAAUGUGGAUUUAGUAGAUCACUCUCAUCGACUAACACAUCUAAUUGUACUUGGUGGACAAUUAUGGUGGAAACUACUCAAGAUCGCCAAACAACGUCUAGGAGUUGUAAUGCUCUAAUUUCUCAAAAGCGACUAAGAAACCUCGACGCACUCAUAAGACUAAGGAUCAAAAUAGUGGAGUUAAUGAAUAGGACAUGAAUGACAUAGGUGUUGUUCUAGCAAAAAUGGUUGAGGUCGAAAACGAUGGGGGUAAUCAAUUGAAUGUUAGUAACAUGGGUGAUGAAUUGGGUGACGAACCAAUAAAUAUAGGUGACGAUCUGGGUGAUGAACCAACAAACAUAGGUGAUAAUCCAGGUGAACCAACAGACAUGGGUGACUAUGAAGACCAACCAGCAGAUGCAACCGAAAAAGGUAAUGAAGAUCUUACUGGACUUUCUCCUGCAGGGCCAGAUGAUCCUUUAAUUUUGAAAAGUUUUCAUUGUCAUGUAGCAGCAAAAAUUUGGCAUAAUGAUGAACGCAGAAUACUUGUUUAAAUCAUGGUUUUAAAGUUGGUGAAUGGUCAUUCAAUUUGGAAGAAAAUGAACAGUACAAAUUUCAUGGUUUAAUUAUGGAUUCGAGGUUUAUUUCUUUAGUAAGUUGCUUGUAUAAAUUUGUAAACAAAGUUGUAGUUUCAGCCUUUGUGGAAAGAUGGCAGUCAGAGACAAACAAGCUUCAUCUACCAUUUGGUGAGAUGUCACCAACCUUAGAUGAUGUUAGUGUAAUUCUAGGGAUUCCAGUGAUUGGUAAAUCUGUCUCUUGCAAGAAGUUAUCAAAUGUUGAGGUUGCAAAUCUGCUAGUUGAGGCUUUGGGACUAAUAGUAGAUGAGACAAAUGUAACGUUGAAAGUAGCAUGGAGCCAGUCUAUCAAGGCAGAAUGGUUGAGACAACGGUUUAGGUCAGUAUUUGAUGCGAACAAUGAUAAUACCAUUGAGUGUGCAACUAGGACAUAUUUGUUAUAUUUGUUCGGUUGUACCUUGUUUGCAGACAAAGAUUAGGACACGUGUUCCAAUAGCGUAUUUGUCUUUUCUUAUGGAUUUGCGAUCGGUUGCUUCUUAUGCUUGGGGUGCAGCCGUAUUGGCUUUUUUAUACCAACAAUUGGGUACUGCCACAAGGUAUGCCAUGAAACAGAUGGCGGGAUACGUGACAUUGCUGGAAGCUUGGAUUUACGAGCAUUUUGUUGGUGCUAGACCCUACCCCAAUUUGGACUACAAAGAAGAUUAGCCUAGUGUCUUUCGUUGGAUUUCUCGCACCCAAUCUGGUUCGUCAACGUCUAUUUUACAAAGGUUGCAAGAGGACCUUAACAGAUUGGAGAC